CGCAAACUGCAGAAGAAGAAGAAACCCGAAAGUGAGCUCGUGUUGUAAACAAAACACAUGUGAAGAGUUGUUCUGCUGUCAGAAAGAGCCGGCGUUUACAUUUGGAAUUGAUACGGUAUUCUUCAGGAAGUCCGCGAAAACGAGGGAAUGGAAGAAGCUCUUGUUCGAGCCACCAUCCCUCAUGAUCUGGAGAAGCUUCUUGGUGUGGAGUCUCGACCCCACCCUAAAGCCUUCACCGAUGCCUUCCUGAAGAACAGCCUCCCGCAGACCACGCGCUGCGAUGUGAACAACCUGCUGACCCACAAGGCUCUGAUCCUGGGCUACAGCAGGCCCAAGAAGGACAAGAGGAAGAGCAAGAAACCCAAGGGACUGAACGCCCGGCAGAAGAGGGCCAUGAAGGUCUUCCAGCUCAAACCUGAGCACCAGAGAUACGAGCUCUUCCUGCCUCUGCAUGACCUCUGGAGACAGUAUGUUAUCGACCUGUGCAGCGGGCUGAAGCCAACAAGCAAUCCACAGUUUGUGCAGCAGAAGCUCCUGAAGGCUGACUUCCACGGUGCCAUCGUCACAGUGGUGCGCUCUAAAUGCCCGUCGUAUGUAGGGACUACUGGGAUCAUCGUCCAAGAAUUCAAACACGUCUUCAAGAUCAUUACCAGAGAAGACAAACUGAAAGUGAUCCCCAAGAGGAACAGCGUGUUCUCAGUGGAGAUCAACGGCUUCGUGUCCCACAUCUACGGGAGCAAGUUUGAACAGCGAGCCAGUGAACGCUCCGCCAAGAAGUUUAAAGUGAGAGGAACCAUCGACCUGUGAGGAGUCAGUGACCAUCAGAGACAUGACACACACUGCCCUCUGUAGGCAGUCAGAGGAACCAUCAAUCUGUGAGGAGUCAGUGACCAUCAGAGACAUGACACACACUGCCUCACACUGCCCUCUGUAGGCAGUCAGAAGAACCAUCGAUCUGUGAGGAGUCAGUGACCAUCAGAGACAUGACACACACUGCCUCACACUGCCCUCUGUAGGCAGUCAGAAGAACCAUCGAUCUGUGAGGAGUCAGUGACCAUCAGAGACAUGACACACACUGCCUCACACUGCCCUCUGUAGGCAGUCAGAAGAACCAUCGAUCUGUGAGGAGUCAGUGACCAUCAGAGACAUGACACACACUGCCUCACACUGCCCUCUGUAGGCAGUCAGAAGAACCAUCGAUCUGUGAGGAGUCAGUGACCAUCAGAGACAUGACACACACUGCCCUCUGUAGGCAGUCAGAGGAACCAUCGAUCUGUGAGGAGUCAGUGACCAUCAGAGACAUGACACACACUGCCUCACACUGCCCUCUGUAGGCAGUCAGAGGAACCAUCGACCUGUGAGGAGUCAGUGACCAUCAGAGACAUGACACACACUGCCUCACACUGCCCUCUGUAGGCAGUCAGAGGAACCAUCAAUCUGUGAGGAGUCAGUGACCAUCAGAGACAUGACACACACUGCCUCACACUGCCCUCUGUAGGCAGUCAGAAGAACCAUCGAUCUGUGAGGAGUCAGUGACCAUCAGAGACAUGACACACACUGCCUCACACUGCCCUCUGUAGGCAGUCAGAAGAACCAUCGAUCUGUGAGGAGUCAGUGACCAUCAGAGACAUGACACACACUGCCCUCUGUAGGCAGUCAGAGGAACCAUCGAUCUGUGAGGAGUCAGUGACCAUCAGAGACAUGACACACACUGCCUCACACUGCCCUCUGUAGGCAGUCAGAGGAACCAUCGACCUGUGAGGAGUCAGUGACCAUCAGAGACAUGACACACACUGCCUCACACUGCCCUCUGUA